AUGGUAAAGCAAGUUUACCGCGUGAAAAGAGAUGGUCGUAAGUGUGCCACUUCAGAUUUGAUCUCAAAUAACAAAGAGCCAAUUAAAGUGUUGACAUUGGCUACAAAAGGCAAAGAAGUAAAGCAAUCAAUUGAUAAAAAUCAGAGUGCCAAAUCUGAAGAAAAGAAGUUGAGGGUGCACAAGGCCCAAAAAGAGUUGCCAUUGGUUGAAACAAAAUCACAGUCGAGCUGCUCACUCGGCUUAUCAUAUUGGAAAAAGAAGGAAUUACAAAAUCUUAGUGCACAAGAGCUGAGAAAGAAGAACAUGGCAUGGGUUCCCAAGAAGAUCAAUCAAAACAAAAAUGAUGUGCAUGUUUCUAUUGCAACAAGUGUUACAAAAGUGAAGAAAGAGAAGGAUGGAAGCCAAAAACAGUUAAGCCGAAGGUUUGCAUCACCCCAUCAAAAUAUUCGGUUAGCACAUCAUCCAUAUUUUUCAACCAUACCAUUGAUGCCUUUGCCAUGGAAUUCAUCAUCAGGUAUGAUAAAUUACCCUCCCUGGAUUUAUUUUAGUCCAUGGAAGCGACAUAAUUUUCUGCAUCAUGAGAGGGUAUUACCAAAUCUCUAUACAUUGUAUUAG